AUGUCUACUCAAGAGCAAAACAACACCGGUAGUUCGUCGUCUACACCAGAUCAAAGUGACAGUGAAGGGACUGCUCCAUUAUGGAAAUAUGUGACUAAGUUAGAUAAGCAAGGUCUUACGGGAGGAACUUGGAAAUUCGAGUGCACUUUUUAUAAGAUAAUUCGACAAGGGUCGUAUUCAAGGGUGAAGGGGCAUUUGCUUGCAGUUCCACAGUCUGGCGUUGCUGCUUGUACGAAGGUAACAAGACCACAAAGGCAAGCGAUGAAAAAGUUGGAAGAAGAAUUUCUGAAGAAGAAAUCUGAGUCUGGUGCUAGGGAGGUUCCGUUAGCAUGUGAAACAGAGAAUUCUGCAAAGAGAAGAAGGUCUUCUUUUUCACCUAUUGUUGCAGCAUUUGGUGUUGAAGUUAGAGAGCAAUUGGAUCAAGAAAUUGCAAGGAUGUUUUAUACGGGAGGCUUGCUAUUCAACCUAGCAAGGAAUCCAUAUUAUCAUAGGUCUUAUCAGUUUGCUGCAGCUCAAAGGAUUGAUGGUUAUGUACCUCCUGGGUAUAAUAAGCUGAGAACUACGUUAAUGGAUAAAGAGAAAGCCAAAGUUGAGAAGCAUUUGAUGGUACUGAAAUCGACAUGGAAAGAAAGAGGAGUGUCGAUUGUGAGUGAUGGUUGGAGUGAUCCCACUAGAAAGCCUUUGAUUAAUUUCAUAGCUACUAGUGCUAAUGCUCCUCUGUUUCUUAAAGCUGUGAAUUGCUUGGGGGAAGUGAAAGAUAAGUUCUUCAUUGCUGAAAGAGGUCAUUAA